AAAAAAGUUAGGUUAGGAGCUUUGUCGAAUUUUUAAAUAUUUUUUCAGCUCAAAGGCUAAAAUAGGUGUCUUUUACAUUUACGCAAUGUGACUGUUGUAUUUUGUGGUGUGAACAUGUUAAAAAUCCGUGCUUUAAACCGGGAAUCGUCUUCGGACGAAGAUGUCCCGGUGAUUAGAAGAGAGGCUCAAGAAGAAAUAGCUUUAGAGCUUUACAAUAAAGCUUUACGUUUACAAUCUACUGAAGAUUAUUUAGAAGCUGAAGAAAUUCUUAUAAAUCUGAUCAAUGACAAUAUCCCGCAACUUGAAAAUCAUGGGGGACUUCCUUCGUCAAUGUCUACUUUAAAAUACUCUUGUUUUGUAAAUAUAGGGAACAUUUAUCUCAAGAAAGGAAACCCUGACAAUGCUCUUGAUAAUUAUUUAAACGCCUCAGAAUUAGAUGCCACAGAUGUUACGCUUUGGCACAAAAUUGGAAAACUGGCGAUUAAGCAGAAUCGGUUUCGACAGGCGGCUUACGCUUUUUCAAAGGGCCUUGAAUGUAGUGAAUCGCACUGGCCCUGUCUAGACCAAUUAAUUUCUGUUCUAUACGCCAUGAAGGAUACGGUAGAAUGUCUUGUAUACAUAGGCAAAGCCCUUUGUUUGGAUCCUGAUUAUACUAAAGGAUUAGUGUUAAGGAAACAGAUUUAUAAAGACAAUCCUGCAACUCUUCCCUACUACCAAAAAUAUAAUCCUGACUAUAUUUGGGAACCACCCCUUGAUGUAAAGGUUGAAGAAGAAGAUGAAAAAAUAAUCUUGGCAAAAGAACAAAUUCUUUGUGAUCAAAUCACCGAAGUAGAAAAAUCUUUAGGUCCUAAACCUUUACAAACAAUUCCUUUACCGAAAGCUCUUGAUGAUUUCACUUGGGUCUCUUUUGGUAAAGUAGUCACUGAUCUUCAUCAGUAUAUUACUGAUAAUUAUAUGAGUCACUUUACUAUGGUUGAUGUUAAUAAAUGUAUGAGUCAAAAUAACAAUGAUGUUGAGAUGGAAGAGUCCCCAAAAUUUGAAGUACCGACAGAGAAAAUAGUUGAGGAAAAUGUACAACCGGAAAAAGCGCUGGAACCGGAAGUGGAAGAAGAAAAGGAGAAAGACAAAGUGGAUGCAGAAAGUGUAAUUGAAAGACGACAAUCACAAAAUAGUGAAAACAACAAUGAACAGGAAAAUACCCCAAUACAAACUGAUAAUGAUGAGGAACAAGUAAUGGAGCAAGAUGGGGACGAUCAAGAUGAAAAUAACGACAGUAAAACUGAUAAAAACCGGUCUUUAAAUAAAAGUAACAAAAGGAAAAGAGACUUAUUAUCAGACUUGCAAAUUUGGGGGUGGCACAGUAAACGAAAGUAUGCCAAAAAAGGAAAAUCCGAUAAAGAUUUUACGGUGGAGGAUGCCUUAAAUAGAGUUAUUCCGAAGAAUUUAUUAAAAAAUAAAAUUGGUGAAGAAAAAUAUAAUCAGUUUGAGGAUUCGAUGAAUACUAUUGAUAUGUAUAACAUGUAUGUCGAAAAUCAACACGUUAAUAUUUUAUCACCUAUACAUUCGCCGAAAUCUGUCAGUUUUGAAGACUAUUUUGGAACUGAUCGCGAAAAGGAUGAUAUUUUGAAUCUGUGGAACCAACCACGUGAUUACUGUGACGCUAUUGUCCUAAUCAAGGAUUUUGUCAUUUCUUUAUCUAAAUUAUGGCACGUCAAAUGGCCCAAAGAGUUACUUCAAAUAUACAUAGAAGCGUACAACAUGUAUCGGGAACAUUUUGAUCAUCCUCAGGUUUUUUCCGGUGAAUCGACGUUUAUAGAAAUGAGAGAUGAUGCGUUAGCAACGUUGCUUUACGGCGAAUUAAUUAAUUUUAGCUCGCCUAAAUCUGAGACCAGGACGAUUCAUGUAACUUCUCUAGCGUUUUUGCAAAUUAUAAGUGGAUGGGAGGAAGACUGGCAAGAGGAAUUUCCGUCAGUUUUUUUGCGUGUGUAUUGGUUACGAGCCCACAUAUUCCGAAAGGAGGGAAACAACGACUUGGCUAUUAGAGCUCUCGAAUUGAUUCAGGAAAUUAUGUUAGAGGAGGAGAAAAAACACGACGAAAAAUAUUUCUUAUGUUUACCUAAUUGUUUCAAAUGUGGAUUAAUUAGUAACGAAGUUACGUCUAAAAUUUUAAAACAUUUAGACAUGAUAACAUCAUUAAAUUGCAUCGAGGCAUUAUACAACAGCGAAAAAUACCGAGAUGUUGCCGAAAUUCUAAAACUCACAUUUAACAGUUCUGGGAAUCACCCGACUUGUGGCAAAAUGGGCCGACCGGCGCAGUUGGCCAUGCUAAUGCACUCUUUGUGGUUCACAGACCUGACUGAAUGUUUUGUCUGGACCGAGGAGUGUCUCUUUGAGGCCUUAACCCACUUUCUCAAACCUACAAAAGACGCUGAUAAGUGGGAGAAAAUCGUCGAAAAAUGUUUAGCCUUUUUCCAGGAAAUCAUCAAAAUGGAAACUGUGGGAGUCGUUGACGCUCUUAGUGAGGAGAAAAAGGCUCGUCUUGUCGAAACUUUGUCUAAAAUAGUUUGUAAGCAAUUAAAUGCGGAGAAUAUGACUAGAAUCCCAUUGGGGUGUAUUACACCCUGGAUUUUGUUGCAUUAUAUUCUGGUUAGGGAGGAGCACCGGCAACAGGCGAGUAAACGUGUGCCUCAUGUCAAAACCGACAAAAAUGAAAACAAUUUCACCGAAGUGUCAGAAUCGCAAAACGAGGAUUUGCCGCCCUCUGUCAGCAUUCUCUUUUCAGCACAUGAAUUCCUAGGUCCUAAAGGGUGGUGUUUGACUGGAAACGGGGAACUCCUCCACUUCAUUCUGGACACAAUUCUGGACCGCUUAGACACCCCCAUUUUUGAGCCUCUGCGCGACAAAAUCGACAUUCACAUCGAGCAGGCGUUGUUCUGUCUCUACCAACAUCCCAGCAAGAAAAACAAAGUGUCGCGCCAUCUGGCGGAUCAUAACGUCGAUCCGCUUCCUCUAACCUGGGAACGGGCCUUUCAACUGUACGAUUUCUACGGCCCUGAUUGUCUUCCCGAGUUCAAUUCCUAUCGAAACGCCUCUAUUUCGUCAGAUUUGGAGCAACUUCUUCAAAGAAUCAUAGCUCUUGUUCCUUCUGUCAUGGAUCCACAACCGCUAAUGCCAAAACUAACCGAGUUUAUUCAAGGCAAGACGACGGAAUUACCUGAAACGAUUGAAUUUUCGAAUAAAGUUCGUGCGAUUUAUUAUUUGAUCGGCGAUUAUUACUUCAAACAGCGAGAGUUUAAUCGGUGUUUGAAAUAUUUCAUGAUGGAUCUUUGCAUAAACCCGAAUCGACUCGACUCGUGGGCUUGCAUCGGUUUGAGUUACUUAAGCCAAUUGGAAAAUAAACUAAAUUAUUGUAAAAAAUUAAAAAACGAGUUGGAGUUUUUAGAUAAGGCCAAAUGUGCCCAAGUUAGUUUCAGAAAAGCGCUCGAUUUGGAGAAAGAUCAUAUUAUGUUGUGGAUUGAGUUUGGAUCUUUUGAGUAUAUGGUGCAUUCGUUCUGUUCGAGGGUUAUGAAAUCCGAGUCAGAUGUUUUGAGUAUGGAACGAUUCGAGUACUUGGAGAACCAGAAAAAUAAUUACUUGGAAAGUUCGGGUCGGAGUUUCGAGAAAGCGAUUCAGUUGUACCAACCUGAUGAAGCUGAAGCGGACGAACGCUGGUUACAAUAUUACAUUUUGGGGAAAGUCGCGGAGAAAAAACAGCAAGAACCUAACGAGUAUUUGAAGUAUUAUGUCACUGCGAGCAAAUUAUUGCAUGAAAAUAACGCGCUAUAUCCGGAUAAAAUCAAUUACCACAACCCCCAACACCUAGCAGUUGAGGCCCUCGAGUUGCACUACCGCAUAAAUGCCUCAAUUUUGAAAUAUUUGGAAUUACACGAAGGCAAAGAUAUUCCAAAUUCCAUCGGGAAUCUUUUCAAAGAACAUUUAGACAAGUCGUAUUUUCCGAAAAAAAAUCUAGUCAAACAAAACGUUUUGCUAAAUCAAAAUCCUGUCGUUAAACCAACCGAUGCUGAUAAAACAAAAAACGAAGAAGUGAUGAAAGACGUUAAAAAUUGUCUUGACGACAUGUUGUCUAAAGUUGAUCACAAUGUAAAAAUGUCAGUGGGUAAAAAACUGGACAAUGAAAAAGAAACAGAAGUGAGUGAUGUGAUUAUGAUUUCUGAUUCUGACGAUGAGCAACCAAAAAGACUGGUCGUGGAAGAAAAAAAGGAUGAAGUGGAGACAAAACCAGUUGGAGAUAGCGUUCAAGAGUUUCUCGAUAAAAUGAUGGAAGAAACUAUGAAAAAAACUGAAGAACAAGAACCCGAUUCUGAUACGAGUGUUACUAGUAAAAAUGUUGUGGAAGUAAAAGUGGAAGAAAGUAAAGAAAAAGUUGAGGCGAAAAUUAAAAGUGGGAGCGAAACUGAGACAGAUAUUAGGACAUCUGUGGAUGAGUCGAGUAGUUCCCCGAGUAGUUCAACUAGUAGUUCUAGUAGUUCCGACUCUGAUAGUGAUGACGACAGCAGUUCUUCGUCAUCGUCAUCGUCAUCGGAAACCACAAAUGGCAACAUGUCUAAUAGCGAAAUUCUAGCUUUGGUUGACCGUUGCAUAAUUGGUUUGGAACAAUGCAUAAUUCGAUUACCUCAGAAUUACAAAGCCUUAUACAGAUUGGCUCAUUUGUUUUACAAUUACAAGGCAAAGAAAGAUCUCAAUAAAUGUAAACAAUUGCUUUUGGGUGAAUACACGUGUAAAGGUGGUGUCGUAAUAAAUGGAUUAUUUUCCGACCGGAAAAACCACAAUUUUUUCAAUGGUAUUUGGCGAAUUCCUUCAAGUGAAAUCGAUCGGCCGGGAUCAUUAUCGGCUCAUAUGAGUCGUUGCAUAACACUUCUUUUGCAGAUUUUACGAGCAACAAAUGAUAAUAAAUUACUCUUAGACUUGUCGAUGCAAUUUAGGAGAACUCCAGAUCCGGACAAAAUUUAUAUUAAAGAUUCCGAGAGAAUACAAUUUGCGGAUCAAGCUAUGGCUAUGUGUGUCCAAUGUAUGAGGUCUCAGAUACAAAAUGUCCCUAAUAUGACCGACGCUGCAGUUCAAAGAUUAUUACAAGAUAUAUUCCGGUCGUAUCAAAGAGUACAAAAACACGAAACUAGCAAAGAAUUAACAUUUGGGUCAAUGUUGACCGAAGUUUACAAAAAAAUGAAAAAGGAUAAGAUACCGGACAACGCGAACGUAUUAGACUUAGCGACGAAGUUCUGCCAACAGAACCGUUUAGUGGAAAAACAAAAACGUCAAAUGCAAAAUCAACAAGCAGCUCUUCAGCGAGUCCCCGGAGUACCAAAUCCUCCGGUUUUGCCAACACCUUCAACAAUAAACCCCACUAAUCAGCAACCGCUCAAAAGACCGGGAGUGGGGAGACCUCGUGGUCGGCCACCUUUGCCGAAAGUCCCCGGACAAGGCCGAGUGCCCCGAGGUCGCAGCCCCAACGUUGCCACGAAUCCCUUCUCCUGGCAAAAUGCUACUUACAACUAUCUCAAGCAUUACCAAGAAGAGUUGAUUAAACAAUACAGCCAGAGUCUGAGUCUCAGUCAAUUGACUCAGCUGAGUCAAUACUUGACUCAGACUCAAAAUCAAUUUGCCAACGCUUUGCUUCAAAAUCAGUUCAACAAUCAGUUUAUGGGGGGGCAAAAUCCGCUCUUGAGUAACACGAAUUUGUUAAAACAGAUGAGUUCGAGCCAGUUUUUGGCGUCACAAAUGGCAGAUACCAAAACUGGAGGUUAUAAGAAAAAGGUGGAAACAACGAUAACGCCAACUGGGUUAAAAAUUGAUCCACUUAAGUCGUAUGGGGGUUUAGAAAUUUCGCCAAAAACUAGUGGUUAUAACAAAAAACAAUUGCCACAUACUGUAACAUCAGCGUCCCAGCCUGCUACGAUUAGUAAAGUCAAACCGACUAUUCCGUCCAAUAUUUACAAUGUCACUAUGCCACAUUCAAUGUCAACCAAUCAGCAACAACCAAUUAAUUUGGGAAACAAAAAAGCAACAAUUACACAUUCAGUCACUUCAAUGAGUCAUGUUCCGGUGACUUGUAAAACAAAAUCCUUUUAUACACCGAGUGGUGUCAAAAAUACAUACACCGGAAGCACGAACUACUCUGAUGUUACUAAGUUGAGUAAAUCAAGCGCUGUGACUAAAACAACACCCAGUUCGCAGAUUUUCAAAGAACCUAUGUUAUCAAAUUUGCCGCACCACAAAGUCAUGGAUAAAGCGGCAAACAUACUUAUGAAGGAACGUCCGAACAUUUCUAUAACGCCGGUAUUGCAGAGUUCUAUACCGUUGAUAACAACGUCGUCGUUUAUGACGCCUCCGAGUCCGGGUAAAACCCUGCAAGAGAAAUUGGCCGAUAAACAGAAACAGCACUCAACAAAGCAUUUGGGGAGGCACAUUGAGGCUGAGAUUAUUAGUGCACCGAUAGGAGGCGCUGCGAUCAAGAAAAGUUUGAAUAUUCCAAGUAUUCCGUCGUUGUCGGUCACCAAGCCGAGUUAUAAGUUUCCAUUGGAUUCGGGGAUUUCCAUAAGUCAGAUUCCAGUUACUCAACCUUAUAAAGAACCUCUCAGUCGACAGCAACAUAAAGAACCACCACCUAAAGUUUCUAAGCAUAUAAGUCAAGUUAAUUUACCUCCCAAUCUACCACUGUCAUUGAGUGUAACAAAAAAAACAGAAAAGAAACCACCGUUGGAUGAUGACGUUAUAGUAAUUGAAUGACCUACUUUUGACAUUUUUAAGAGUAAUUAGUUUAAUAUGUGUGCCGAUAAAUUUUUUAUAAUAAAUAUUUGUAAUCUGA